AUGAGAGCCUGCGACUUGUUCAUCCGACUCCUCUCACUUUCGGCGCUGGUCAUCGGCGUCUGCUCAAUGGUCGACGCUGGUCAUGAAGAAGUUUUUGAGCACAUCUGGACGAGACGAAGUGGAAUAAAGUCACAGAAAUUCGGAAACAGCAUGAUCAAAACUGGUGUUUCCGUGAACUACCUCCCUGGGAUCCGUGAAGAAGGGGACUACGGCAUUCACGUCAACAAUCCUUUAGAAGUACCUGUGAAGGUCCGGGUCACAGUCAAUCCCAUGGACGACGAUGACGACCCUCUCCCCAUCACCGAGCACACCAUUCAGCCCAAUCCGAAUACUCCCUGGUCAGAAAGGCACGUGCGCACAUUGGUCAAGCUUCCACGAACAGUAGAGGUUCAAUAUUCAAUUACCGAUGCGGAUGCCGAGAAGCUCCUAGGACCCCUGAGCGAAAGACAAGAGUCUAUUGAAGAAUUCUCCCACUCUGAAGAAGCGUCACCCUCUCAUGAAUAG